UUGCCUCCUUUGCGUGCAGCUGUCGGACUGGAGAGCCAGAGAGCGCUCUCGCUCUCAUCGCCACGCCGAGGCCGAUGUCCGCGCAUUCCUUCUCCUUCUCCCUCUCCGUCGAGCCGACCCUCGCGUCGGACGAGGACGACGGGCACCGCGGCGAGAGCGAAGGCGGCGCCGACCGGGGCUACGGCGGCCCCCGGCGGAACGCGGCGAACGCCCGGGAGAGGCACCGGACACAGAACGUCAACACGGCUUUCGCCGCAUUGCGGACGCUCAUUCCCACGGAACCGGCGGACCGGAAACUGUCCAAGAUGGAAACGCUGCGCCUGGCGUCCAGCUAUAUUUGGCACCUGACGAACGUGCUGGGGGCGGACGAGGAGAGGGAGGACGGCGCGCCGUGCCUCGGGGCCGUGUACGAGGAGGGGAGGGGCGGCGGAGACCCCGGACGGCCCCGGAGCAUCUGCACGUUCUGCCGCGGCGGACAGCGGACGGGGGCCACCGUCGCCGCCCGCCGCGAAAGGAGAGGCGCUUUCGGAGAAGGACGUCAAAUCGGCAGGAGUUCAGAAGAAAAGCUCACUAUUCGAGUCAUCAUUCCAUUCGAAUGUAUCAAAUCCCGAAGGAAUUGGAGCUAAAGAGAUAUUGCACAAACAAUUGUGACUUGAGGGGAACGUUUCGACAUCAAAGAGAAAUACAACUGAACUGCACUGAUGACUCUUCACCAGCCACUGUUCACUUUGUGAUCUUGAUUUUGUCAUUUGAUUGAUUUGUUUGUUUUUGCCCAUGAAGAGGCAUGACCGAACAAGAGGAGUUGCGGCUCUACUAAUGCUCAUUGGUCAUUCAUUUUAAUGCGGGGGGGGGGGGGGGAGAUGAAGUAUGAAAGAGCAACUUCAUUUGGUGAUCAGUUCAUGUUUAUUGUCAAACGUGGGAAAUUUCAUAACGCUUAGCCCAACACUCUUGUGCACUCUAUUGCUCAUGUGCACUUAACUACUAAGAAAUGCUGCCAAGUCAAUUGCUUGACUUUUCCCAUUUACGUAAGAAUGAAAUCUAUUUUGACACGUGCACGGCAUCGGAUGUUGCUUGGCUCUUCAUGUUGCACAAAUCUGUGUAUGACAAUGCAGUUGCUGUGCAAUCCAUUUAUGUUGAAGCCCUUGUUCACUUGUGUAGACACUAAUACAAGUAGUAUAGCAUACGCGUAGUCCGGGGGAAAUAACGGCAACCUCGGACACUACGGAAUCGACGCAUUGAUUGCGUUAGGCUCGUAGCGGCGGAAUUUUUUUGACAGACUCAUUCUAACCUGGAUUAUCGUUGUCGUCUUUGCUCAGCGGUGGUCGAUUUCCAGUGUGGCUGAACUCACCCCUCUGAGUCAUGCCAAAGAAUCACAACAGAGGAAGCCAUUCAUCUUUUCCCUCAGCGCGAUGGCUGUGGAAUCCUUAGCGCGGUUUUGAGGGUGGCAGUUCAUACUGAGUGCCAAUUAGGACGGUAUGAAAUCAGUGUCAGCUCUGGGAAGAGCAUCCAGGCACAACGGGAAAGACACCCAUUAGCUUUGUCGCAUCUGUUGUCGAUGGCCGAUGACGGCAUUGCCGGACAGUUGCCGGCGAGCCCAGCCACAAAAUGGAAUAAUCAUACGCAGGAAGAUGUCGUAGAAGGACAGAAAGGAAACAUCCGAAGGGCUCGACCCCGUCGCGACCUUCCCUGCGGGGCCUCGGCUCCUGGGUCAGUGUCGGCUUUGACCUCGACGGUGACCCGGAUGGCUGCGAAAAUGUCACGCGACGGUGAAAUGGAAAGCACUCAACGCGAUCCAAACAUAGGGCAGGACACGCUAUGUAUGUAUGUGCGGACACUUGCCCAAAAAUUUGAAGAUCAUGGAAAGAUUUCUCUCUUUCCAGAAUUCCAUUCAAAAAGUUAAACUUUCAUAGAUCAUACAUUCAGGUCCCACAAUGUAAACAAUAAAAAAAAAAAAAAAAAAAAAAGUAUUCAUUUGUUUCUUUUUACAUACGUUGGGCUUCCAGCUCAUAAAACCCACCGAAUCAGGAAAGCCCAAAAUUAGAAUACAGUGACGAAAUCCCCAUUUCCUUCUCAGUUUUUGGUCGGAGAAAAAGGAACGAAAUGAGGGUCACAUGAAAGCAAUCAAAAUAUGGAUAAUGCUUGUCUGGGAAUCCCUCGGCUGUCAUCGCUGCCUGGAUGCGCCGUGGCAUUGAGGCCAUCAAUCAGCCCGUGGCGUUCAUCGCCUGUUCUGGAGUUAUGGAAGCCCGGACUUGCUUGAUGCUCGCCGUCACUUCUUCUUCGUUUUGGGGUCUGGUGCCCCUCGUUUUCCCCUUGGUAACACCCCAUAGAUUCUCAACGGGGUUUAGAUCCAACGAGUUGGCCGCCCCGUCGAGCACCGCGAUGGCAUGGGCGUGGGCAUCGUCGGCUCAGGCUCAGUAGCGGCUCGACCCGAGGACCCAGACAGUUGUAGCCCGUCUCCCGGAUGCGUCUGAAUGUGGCGGUUUUGGAAGCUCUGGUCC